AUCAGGACCUGAGCUGAAGGCAGAUGCUUCACCAACGGAGCCCCCCAGGCGCCCUGAGUAUUCAGGCUCUGUGCUGGCCUGGAGCUGGCUCAGAAUUCUCCCAUUUUUCUCUCCCCUAACAUCCAGGGAGAGAGAGCUAUUUUCCACAAGGUAGGGCCAGGCACUCGCUAUCUGUCUUGUAGAUCUACCUGCACUUGGUCCAAAUCCCACCUGCUUCCGAGAUGGAAAGGAGUGGGCGGCCAACUUCCUUUGAUCAGGAAGUCCCUUCCUUGAAGCCCUUGUCCUCUCUGCUCACAUCCCGAUGGCCAAAGUGGACUGAAACGGACUUGCCUAGCUGCAAAAUACAAUGGUGGGAAAUACAGCCACCGGCUGGGUAGCCACGUGCCCCCGGGCUGUUCCCUAACUCAGAGGAAGAAGUACUGUUGGGUGUUGGGGUCAGUUAGUCUCUGCCACAGAAGCGUUUCCACUGUGUUUGGUGGAAGCUUUGUCCAUCUCUGGAGCAUAAUUCAGACUGGUGCUGCUCAGUUUUUUCUGACGGUGGAAAUGUUUCUUUCUGUGGACUCUUGAUCUUGGGGGGGUUGUGAAUUAAAGCCCUACGUUGGCUGUGGACCCUACUUAGAAAAAAAAGAAGAAGAAAUGUUGCUUUCUGACUUGUCCAGGAUGGUUACCAUGAGCCAUGUGGCACCGAGGAGCACGACACACAUGGCAGCUGAGGAAAUGAAAUUUUACUGUUAAUUCUUACUAGCCAGAUGUGGCCAGUGGUUGUCGUUUGUGGACAGCAUACUCUGGACCGUGGGAUUGGAAGGGAGAAGGCUGUCUGCGGUGGAGCCUGCCGGGUGUCUGCGGCCGAGUAGCAUCUUUGCUCUUUUCUGACCUGAAUGCCCAAGCGUGUGGCUCUCCUCGUUUGGUGAGCAGAACACGAGUGAGCGCCUCGGUUAGGGUUAAGUGUUGAGUAUCCUCCUCUAGUUGUUCCUUUAGCUGCCCAAGCCCUGCCCUGCCGGCCCCUCUGUCUUUCAGCUGGGACGGUGUCGGAGCGUGAAGGAGUUUGAGAAGCUGAACCGCAUCGGGGAAGGCACCUAUGGCAUUGUGUAUAAAGUAUCUUAUUUGCUGCUUGAACGUAGCAGACAGAAGGCAAAGUGGUGACCUCCAUCCUGACUCUAAGGAGGAAAACUUGGAGGAAGCUCCUUGGAACUAGCACCCUGUACCCAGCUGUACCCAGCUGAGGGGAGAGGACUCCACAGAGAGCAUAUCGGGCCCGGGACACCCAGACGGACGAGAUCGUUGCCCUGAAGAAGGUUCGGAUGGACAAGGAGAAGGAUGGGGUCCCCAUCAGCAGCCUUCGAGAGAUCACCCUGCUCCUGCGCCUUCGCCAUCCGAAUAUCGUGGAGCUGAAGGAAGUGGUUGUGGGGAACCACCUGGAAAGCAUCUUUCUGGUGAUGGGUUAUUGUGAGCAAGACCUGGCCAGCCUUCUGGAGAACAUGCCGACUCCCUUCUCUGAGGCCCAGGUCAAGUGCAUUGUGCUGCAAGUGCUCCGAGGCCUCCAGUACCUGCAUCAGAACUUCAUCAUCCACAGGGACCUGAAGGUGUCCAACUUACUCAUGACCGAUAAGGGCUGUGUGAAGACAGCGGAUUUCGGCCUGGCCCGGGCCUAUGGCAUCCCAGUGAAGCCGAUGACCCCCAAGGUGGUCACGCUCUGGUACCGAGCCCCCGAACUGCUUUUGGGAACCACCACGCAGACCACCAGCAUCGACAUGUGGGCCAUGGGCUGCAUCCUGGCCGAGCUGCUGGCCCACAAGCCCCUUCUCCCCGGCACGUCCGAGAUCCACCAGGUGGACCUGAUUGUGCAGCUGCUGGGCACGCCCAGUGAGAACAUCUGGCCAGGGUUUUCCAGGCUGCCACUGGUGGGUCAGUACAGCCUGAGGAAGCAGCCAUACAACAACCUCAAACACAAGUUCCCGUGGCUCUCAGAGGCUGGCCUGCGCCUUCUCAACUUCCUCUUCAUGUACGACCCCAAGAAAAGGGCAACGGCCAGCGAUGGCUUGGAGAGCUCGUACUUCAAGGAGAAGCCCCUGCCCUGUGAGCCGGAGCUCAUGCCCACCUUCCCCCACCACCGCAACAAGCGGGCCGUCCCGGCCGCGUCUGAGGGUCAGGGCAAGCGCUGUAAGCCGUGACAGGUGGGGCCCCUCUGCUCGGCCGGCACGACCGUGGUGCACAGCGGUGAACAGCAGUCAAACGGGGAGGCCUCUGCGGUCCAGGCUCACAGGGCUGCUGGGAUCCAGCCCCUCCAGCCGGUGGAGACCAGCACGCUGCUCCAGCUGAUCAUACCCCUUCCCCAGAAGAACAGGGAGUGGAUGUGGGUGGGUGUGCCCUGAAGGGGCGGGACGCUCCUGGACACCUGUUGCCAUGGCCUCAGCUGGUAAAAGCUCAGGACCCUCCCUUCCCAGAAGGAAACAUCUGCUGGGCCCAAUUCAGUGGCUGUUGCUGGCUUGGGAUGCAGAGACCCUGCAUGGUUGCUUGUCCCCUCCUGAUCACCAGGAUCUGUCCGGGGAAGG